UUGUCAUUUUGGGUCUUUAGCACUUCUGGCUUCUGAUGCUGUUGCGUGGGAUGGUGGGGAUAGGAGAGGCCAGUUACUCCACCAUUGCACCCACCAUCAUUGCUGAUCUCUUUGUUGGGACUAAACGGAGCAUGAUCAUCUGUAUCUUCUACAUCUUUAUCCCUGUUGGAAGUGGUCUUGGAUACAUAACAGGGGCAGGUGUUGCUUCUCUCACAGGAGACUGGCGCUGGGCUCUCAGGAUCACUCCUAUCUUGGGUGUAGUUGGACUUUUCUUGCUGGUCUUCUUAUGCCCUAAUCCACCCAGAGGUGCUGCAGAAACCCAUGGCGAAGGAGUCUCAGAGCAGAGUUCGUACCUGGAGGACGUCAAGUAUCUUUUGAAAAACAAAACGUACUUGUGGUCAACAUUGGGAGUGACUGCUACGGCCUUCCUUUCCGGAGCACUGGCUUUCUGGAUGCCUACUUUUCUGUCUAGAGCUCAGGUCAGUCAAGGACUCCGACCGGCGUGUGUUGAAGAGCCCUGCGACUCCACAGACAGUUAUAUCUUCGGUGCUGUGACUGUGUUGACGGGAAUUCUCGGAGGGAUUCUUGGCAGUGGUUUAUCUAGAUGGUUAAGGGAAAAGUUCCCAAAGUCAGACCCACUCAUCUGUUCAUCAGGGUUGCUGGGAGCAGCCCCCUGCCUCUUCAUCACCAUCUUUGUGGCAUCAACAAGCAUUCCCGCCACCUACGUUUUCAUUUUCUUUGGUGAAAUAUUGAUAUCACUGAACUGGGCCGUCAUGGCAGAUAUACUGCUGUAUGUUGUCAUACCAACCAGAAGGUCUACAGCUGAGGCUCUCCAGAUUUCUGUCGGUCAUCUCCUGGGGGAUGCUGGGAGUCCUUUCCUAGUAGGAGCGAUCUCUGAUGCUUUAAGCAAAUCUAAACCUGUGUCUCCUGAAUGGAGCUUCCACAGUCUGAAGUACAGCCUCCUGGUCUGCCCAGUGGUUGGGAUCCUGGGAGGACUGUUUUUCUUUCUGUCUUCUCUCUAUAUUAUUGGAGACAGAAAGGCAGCUGCACAAUUGGUUGAAGCAGGUCCAAGAGAACCGCAGGAUCCUUCAUCUGAGCCCCCAAUAGAACUGAGCAACGGGGACAAAACUAACCAUGAAGAUAAUUUAUCGCAAAGUAUUUAAGCUUAAGUUAAAAACUAGAGGUGUAAACAACACAGAAUGUUGGCGUUGACUUGAAGAGUUCUCUUUUUUGUCACGUUAGAGCCACAGAGAUUACAGAAGAAAUGUAAACAUGUUAAUUUACACCAUAAGACACUCAUGUCAUUGUUGUUUUUCACUUUUCAAUAAAUGUUUCAUAUUUU